ACCAGCUACCAAUGGACUUUAGUAUAUAUAAAGGGCUGUAGUCUCUCCACUAACUCUCUGCUCUCUUGAUUCCUGGACAGUAAGCAAGCACCAGUCCUGUACAAGUUCAGUCCAGUCCAGCUAGGCCAAAGCCUACAAGUCUGCAGCCACAUCUAAUCUGUCACACUAUCACCACAUGUUGUGCUCCAUGCAUGCCGCCUUGAUCUAGCCAGUGGACUAGAUCGUUAAUUUUGCAUCCUGGGAAAUGUAGUUUUUCAAUGACAUGCUGAAACAAAUACCUGAAACAAUGGUGGUGAAGAGAUCCCAGUGAAACAGAACUGUGCUGUACACAUGGAAGUCUGUCUAGUGUUUAUAUUGCUCAAAUCAACCUUGGAGUCCUUUGUACACAGAAGUUCUUGGGAAGGGGUGUUUUUAAAAAUCAGCAGAAGAAAAUAAACAUGCAGAAGGAGGAAUAUGUAGAUACCUUAUUUUGAAGGACACUUGGUAUUCUUGCCAAAAGAAAUCGCACACCAUAUAGGAACCUGCUGUAAUAACCCCACAAGACCCAACCUUAUCAAUAGGAUCAUCACUAACCGCAUCUUGCUUAGUGGACUCUGACUUAAACCUGAAGGCAGAGGAACUGUUCUGGACCCUGAAUGGUAGAAGGCUCCCAGCAGAUCUGUACACAAUACUGAACAGCACAGUCAUGAGUGUGGCCUUGAAUAACCUGAAUGGAUCUAAGCAGCAGUCAGGAGAUAACCUGGUGUGUCACAGCAAAGACGGGAGAAUCCUGGCGGGCUCAUGUCUAUAUGUUGGAUUACCACCAGAGAAACCAACCAAUAUAACAUGCUGGUCAAAGAACAUGAAAGAUUUAACUUGUAAAUGGGUUCCUGGGAGUGAAGGAGAGACCUACCUGCACACCAACUACACUUUGAAAUACAAGCUCAGGUGGUAUGGCAGAGAUAAUACAUGUCAAGAAUAUCACACUGUGGGUCAGUAUUCCUGCCACAUUCCUAAAGAUCUUGCCCUCUUUACACCCUAUGAGAUUUGGGUGGAAGCUUCAAACAGACUGGGAUCCACUACAUCUGAUAUAAUAACCCUGGACAUUCUUGAUGUGGUCACCACAGACCCCCCAUCAGAUGUCCAUGUGAGUCGUGUAGGGGAUUUGGAAGACCAACUGAGCGUUCGCUGGAGUUCUCCUCCUGCUUUGAAAGACUUCCUCUUUCAAGCCAAAUACCAGAUUCGCUAUAGAGUAGAAGAUAGCAUGGAAUGGAAGGUAGUCGAUGAUGUGGGAAACCAGACAUCCUGUCGUCUAGCUGGGUUGAAACCUGGAACCGUUUAUUUUGUUCAGGUUCGGUGUAACCCUUUUGGAAUCUAUGGAUCUAAAAAAGCAGGAAUUUGGAGUGACUGGAGCAAUCCAACAGCUGCCUCUACUCCAAGAAGUGAAAGAAUAACUGGGGUAUGUGAUCCAAAGAGUGGGGAGCAGAAUUCUACAUUACGUCGAGAGUUGAAGCAGUUCUUCGGAUGGGUCAAGAAACAUGCCUAUGGUUGCUCCAACCUCAGCAUCAAGUUGUACGACCAAUGGAGAGUGUGGCUACAAAAAUCACACAAAACACGGAACCAGGUAGCCGGGCAGGAGGACGCAAAGGAAGCGGAUCUGAAGACCUUACGCAAAGCUGCAGCGAAACUUGAGCAUCGCCCUGAGGAAGACUUUUAAGCUCAACCUUUGAGAUCCUGAAGACAAGCUUUGUUGUUCCAAAGAAAAAGACUCCAGCACAGAUGAAGUUGCCUGUUUUCAUUUCAAUGUACGUCUACGUCACAAUCCACCCCAGAAACCAUGGUUUGAAGGUGACCAAAAAGUCUUGUAAAAGACAAUUUUUUUACAGAACUAUAAGUGUUCAAUGCUUUUACCUGGAAUCCUAUUUUUUAUCUCUUAUUUAAAUUUUGUACAUUUUGACAAUGUUUGUAAUGCUCACAGAAAUUUUGUGUUUAUAUGUUUUAUAUGUCUGU